GCCCUCGCUGUCACGAAGUUAAUCUCUGCUUGUUGGAUUCGCCCAAGUAAGGUCUUAGCUUUGGAUGGCGUUACCCACAGAGGUGUGGGAGAGGGUCAUUCUCCAUGUCAAUGAUGACUCUCUAGAGGAACGAAGAUGCAGGUCGCUCGCUGCAUGUGCUCGAACAUGUUGUUCUUGGCUCCCCAGGAGUCGUUACUACAUGUUUCGCAACGUAAACGUUACGAGCCCCACGAAUGAUAACGUAUGCUUGACCACAUUGGUCAAGUCCUUACGUGCUGGUCCUUGGAAUGGAAUGCUCGUGGAGUCGCUCUCUAUAUCUGGAACGGGUACACAACGUUCGGAUCAUAUCAGCACUGCGCUCCUGUUACUCUCUUCGCUCCUAAAGAAUGUUACCCUUCUCCGCCUGGGAUCAGUUGACAUGGUCCAUCUUCACCCAGAUUUCUUUCGCUAUCUUGCUCAGUUCAAGUCUAUCCGAAGGCUCCAAUUCAGUGUACCUGCUCGACCUACGAUACAGCAUUAUGCUCGUUUGGUCCAAGCCUUACCCAAGUUAUCGAGUUUAUUCCUGACACCUUCAUAUAUCGAUCUUAAGCACCGUCCCGCUCGAAGUAAAGCCAUCGCCAGACGUCCUAUGCAUCCCACAUUGAGUGCGCUCGAGAUUGAGUUGGGCACUCAAGGUAACGAUGCCACCGAGAUUCAUUCUCCAUUCUUCCAGUGGAUUGUCAUGUCCACAACGAUUACACAUACUCUUACAAAUUUUGAAUACAAUUGUAUUCAUCAUGCGACGGAAGCAGAAAUAACUAUGCUCAACGAUUUCCUUGCCCAUUGCGGGGCCCUUAAACGGAUAGCGAUACAUGCGCUUGGCCGAUGUAUGGGCGAUGUUGAUGUAGGGGCGCUUCCUAUUCAACACAUCAACCUUGAACACAAUGUGAACCUGAACUUUCUGAGUUUCGGUUUCCUCACAUUGAGUACCUCUCCAUGGUAUCACACACUGGUAUCGACAAUUACCUCGACCCAUCUGUCUUCCAUUCGAAUCAUCUUCGAAGAGGACUAUAUGACACGAGUAGACUGGCAGUCGCCGGAACUGGACAAAACUAUCCAUAGCCUGAUCGUCUCAUACCCCCGGCUUCGCAUCGAGUCGGAAGUUCACUACGAGCACUCCGAGUUUGUCCUUUGGAAUGAUCUGCCCCGCCGAUGGAAAAAUCUGUUGCCAAGCGUAUGGAGACUGGACGCGUUUUCCAGUACGUUUAAGCCCUUCUCGGGCUUAGAGAGACAUUAUCGCGGGUUCGACUGACAUCAUGAUGCCCUUGAAGUUUGGAUGGGACCUUCUCCGUCAAUGGUAUACCAUAAAUUGCCUAUCAUUCUUCCAAUGCCAUCGUAUAUUAUCAAAACCCUUCUUAUUCUUCUAGGAACACGCUCUCGAAUUACCGAGUGCUGAUGUACUUGUUUGGACAUGGUUGAUUUAAUUAUUGGAAGUGCUAGCGGAGGUGCCGCAUCCUAGUGUACAGUACGUAGCAAGCCGAACUCGAACGACGUCGGUUGCCAUUUCUGUUCAUGUAGCCGCGUGGUGUAUGAUCGAGAAUGAGAUCGCAUCCUGAC